AGAGCGAGAGAGAGAGAGAGAGAGAGAGAGAGAGAGAUCAGCCAUGGCAAAUAUCGCUGUGCAGAGGAUCAAGCGAGAGUUCAAAGAAGUGCUGAAAAGCGAAGAGGUGCGGUUUAUUACUAAGAUCUGGCAUCCCAAUAUAAGUUCAGUUACCGGGGCGAUAUGUUUGGACAUUUUAAAAGACCAGUGGGCCGCUGCUAUGACUCUGCGAACAGUUCUGCUCUCACUACAGGCUCUUUUAGCUGCAGCAGAGCCAGAUGAUCCUCAAGACGCUGUGGUAGCCAAUCAGUACAAGCAGAAUCCAGACAUGUUCAAACAAACCGCUCGUCUCUGGUCUCACGUUUACGCUGGUGCACCCGUGUCCAGUCCUGAGUACACGCGCAAAAUAGACAAACUCUGUGCUAUGGGCUUUGACAAAAAUGCAGUAAUAGUAGCCUUGUCCUCAAAAUCAUGGGACGUGGAGACCGCGACAGAGCUGCUACUAAGCAACUGAUCAUCUAGUUCUCUUUAUCAGGCCAUGUUUUCCUCAAACUCUCCUGCUUCGUGACCCAUCGCUCCCACACGUGCAUCACCCGUCUCGGUUUGUGUUCAGAAUGAAUGUUUGGGGAAGAGGCAGCACUGAAUCAUCUUCUGUCCGUCUUAACAAAUCUUCACGUCCCUUGUCUUGUCUUUUUCCCCCUUAAAUUUUUUUUUUGCCUUGCUAGAAUCAUUUUCCUUCUUAAAUUUAGGCUGUCACUUACUUUUUAAAGAAACCCAACAAAGACGAAGCCUCCGUCACUGUCAUUUCAUGCUAAAAAAAAACACCUGCGUCUGUGAAACAAUGUCAGUAUAUGUAAAUUAGUAUAUUUAAGGUUGUGUACAUUUAAAAGGCAAAAUAGCAGGAAUGUUUUUUUUUUGGUAUACCAUAAAAAUACGGUUUGGGAUAUGUGUAUUUGAAUGGGAUAUUUAGCAUAUAAAAACAAAAAUCUGAGAUUAAUAAUACCCCCUUCUAUUUGAUGCUCUCUUACAAUGAACAAAUGUGUUUUUAUUUGCUCAUUUGAUUAUUUUAAGGUUUCUUUCGGCUUUCCUCUGCACUAAUCUGUCUGUGUAGUAGUUGAUAUGGCCAGAUGACAUGGUGUUAUUUUGUGAGCGCAGACAAACUUACUGGGUGAAGUGCUACAUAUUUUUUUUUUUUAACAAAAGGAAGAUUGGCGUUUCUCACUUUUCCCUCUUUUUGAAAAGGUGUGGGAUUGAUGGUCACAAACCCUUUCUUUUUCUUUUCAAGGCAGCUGUAAGGUUUGCAACUUGAUAAUGGACCGAUACACCUCGAGUUGCCUAAUUUUUUUAGUUUUUUGAAGAAUGUAUUGUAUGAAACAACUUGCAUUGAAGUGUAAACAUUUUGUACAUUUACAGAUGAGAAAGUUUAGACAUGAGAGUUUCUGUUCUCUUAUAACGAUUGGCUUUUUUGUGGAACAAUCAAUACGGUUCAGUUUGGCAUUGGUGCAGAACUUUAAAAGGGUCUCCGAGUGUGAGGUGGGCUGCGUUUCUUAUCAUACCAAAAUUGUAUUCAGAUUUCCAUUCACAGGAUACAGAUAUAAAUUCGUAUUUCCCCCAUAACCAAUGUUGGAAGCAUGAAUCGAACAGCUAGAGUUUUUUUAGUCUACAACGAUGCUUCAGAGCAAACAGGCCAAGCACGAGUACUGCCACACAAUGCUUUGUGAGCCUGUUUUUACCUAGUGUUCUCUUCUUUUCUUACAUGGGUGAAUUGUUAAGUGUCUAUUCUCCCUUUGCUAACAUUCCCAUAUAGAAUCUGUUUUCAAAAUGCCCCCACGUUCACAGCUAGUUGCUUUCGAACACCACCUUCCUCAUGUACAUACAGCCAAGUUUUUUGGGGGGAUAAAGUACUGUUCAUCUCUAGAAUGCACCAUCGAUGGCUGGAUUUAUAUUUUGUAUGAAAAUCAAAAAUGAAACCAAAAACAAAAAGACUGUCUUCCUGUAGUGAUCACCUUGUUCAAUAUAUUGCACGAAGAAGUGAAUUAAAGGACAAAAACUUCUGUCAAAGGAGAAAUGCAGGUCACGGGCUCUGGCUUUAGUCACUUUAAGCUUCUUUACAAAACA